AUGCAAAAUGAUCAAAAUACUUAUAGUUUAGCUAAUUGUUACACCUCUGAUUCCACUGGUUGUACAAUAUGCUUAGCUGGAUUUUUCUUAGAUUCCUAACGGGUUUGUCAAGAAUGUGUUUCUCCUUACAAUAAUUUUGUCUGUGGCAUUAAGGCAGUAUCUCCGACUACACCUUCUGAUAAUAAUGGCUAAACUGAUACAAAUAAUCCAAGGCAAAAUACAACUACAAACUAAAUUGAGAUAGGGUACAAUCCAAUCUAGCCAAGCAGUCCAAGUUAAAUAUUAGUAGCAAUGCUAAUUUUUAUGAUAUAAUGA